UCUCCGGGUUGCAUGUACUGUAUGUGGAGCAGUGUACAGUGGAGCGGAGGCAGCGCGGCUCCGCGAGCUCCUCUCCACUUUCCCAUAGAGAGCCCCUGACUGGCCGCUGAGGGCGAGCCACACACACGCCCUCGCGCCGCGGCGAGCCCGCGAGGUAGGCGCCCGCCAUCCGCAGCCUUCGCAGGCGCUCUCCCGCACUUUCUGUUUUCCUACUCACUUGCGAGCCGCCGGGGCUGCAGCCCGAGGACUCCGCGGCAGGAGCGGCGGCGGCGGCAGCAGCCGGUCACUAUCAUAUGACAAAGGCUUUGCUGCAGUUCAACCUCCUUCCUGUGUACCUCCCAUUUACCUUCCAGGAAUCCUGCUGCAUCACAGAAGCGGGAAGUUCUGAUGUUCCGUUGAAAUCACAAUGGAAAGCCCUGACCUGACUGGUCACAGUAAUGAAAGGCAGUAAUAGAAAUAAAGAUCAUUCAACAGAAGGAGAAGGGGACGGAAAAAGACCAAAACGGAAGUGUCUUCAGUGGCAUCCGUUGCUAGCCAAGAAACUUCUGGACUUUUCAGAAGAGGAGGAGGAAGACGAGGAAGAGGAAGAUAUUGAUAAAGUUCAACUUCUUGAGGCGGAUGGCCUAGAGCAAGAUGUUGGUGAGACUGAAGAUGAUGAGUCACCAGAGCAGCGUGCCCGGAGACCAAUGAAUGCAUUUCUUUUAUUUUGCAAGCGCCAUCGCUCCCUUGUCCGACAAGAACACCCAAGGCUUGAUAACCGAGGUGCUACCAAGAUACUAGCUGAUUGGUGGGCUGUUCUUGAUCCUAAGGAAAAGCAGAAAUAUACAGACAUGGCCAAGGAGUAUAAAGAUGCAUUUAUGAAAGCAAAUCCUGGCUACAGAUGGUGCCCUACCACCAACCAGCCUGUGAAGUCGCCAACACCCACGGUCAACCCACGGAAGAGACGGUGGGCCUUCCCAUCUGACUCUUCAAGAGACUUGCCAACCCCCAGGAAGGCAAAGACAGAAGAAGUUCCGCAGCUGAACUUUGGAAUGGCAGAUCCUACUCAGAUGGGAGGCCUGAGCAUGUUGCUGCUGGCUGGAGAGCACGCUCUUGGAGCAGCAGAGGCAUCCUCUGGGACUUGCACGCCUGAUAUUUCAGAGUCACCUGAGUUGCGUCAGAAGUCACCAUUGUUUCAGUUUGCAGAGAUAUCCUCAAGGACAUCGCGCCCCGAUGCUCCUUCAAAACCGUGUCAAGCGUCAGCCUUGUUCCAGUUUGCGGAGAUCUCUUCAAGCACUUCGCAGUUGGGUGGCACUGAGCCUGUGAAACGCUGUGGAAAUUCUGCACUCUUUCAACUGGCAGAGAUGUGUCUGGCAUCAGAGGGUGUGAAAAUGGAAGACACAAAACUAAUAAAAUCAAAAGAAUCAGAUGGAGGAAGAAUUGAGGAAAUUGAAAAAGGGAAAGAAGAGAGAGACAUAAAAGUGGAGAAAACCAUUGAAACUGCAUUCCAGAAGGAAGCAGAAUUCGGGAAGUCGGCUAAGGGCAGCAUGAGAGAGUCUAAGGACUUAAGAGCCAUCGGACAGCUACAGAUGGACAACGUAAUGGCUAUCAAGGUGGAAGACCCCAAAGAAAUGAGAAAGGAGUCAGAGGAUGAUCAGAAAUACAGUCACUUCCCUGAUUUUUCUUACUCUGCCAGUAGCAAGAUAAUAAUUAGUGAUGUCCCCAGUAGAAAGGAUCACAUGUGCCACCCUCACGGAAUUAUGAUCAUUGAGGACCCCACCACGCUAAACAAACCAGAAAAGAUAAAAAAGAAAAAGAAGAAAAACAAACUGGAUCGACAUGGAAAUGACAAAUCCACACCCAAGAAGACCUGCAAGAAGAGGCAGUCUUCAGAAUCUGACAUCGAGAGUGUCAUGUACACCAUUGAAGCUGUGGCAAAAGGAGACUGGGGUGUUGACAAACUCGGAGAAACCCCAAGGAAGAAAGUCCGCACCUCCUCAAGUGGCAAGGGAGGCAUUUUGGAUGCCAAGCCACCAAAGAAAAAAGUGAAAUCCAAGGAGAAGAAGGUUUCCAAGGAGAAGUGCUCAGACAUCACCAAAGAGUCUCGACCUCCAGAUUUCCUUAACAUUUCUGCCAGCAAGAGUGUCCCUGGGGAGGUGCCAGAGGGCACGAAAACAGAACCCUUGACCCCUACUGAGGAUGCACUGCCACCUAGCCUACCAGGACAGGCCAAGCCUGAGGAUAGUGACUGUCACAGAAAAACGGAGACCUGUGGCUCCAGGAAAUCUGAGAGGUCUUGCAAAGGUGCUCUUUAUAAAACCCUGGUGUCCGAGGGCAUGCUCACCUCCCUGCGAGCCAAUGUUGACAGAGGGAAACGAAGCUCAGGAAAAGGAAACUCCUCUGAUCAUGAAGGGUGUUGGAGUGAAGAGAGCUGGACAUUUAAUCAGAGUGGGAGCAGUGGGAGCAAGAAGUUUAAGAAGAAGCUAAGGGAAGACUCCUUCCUUGGUUCUGCAAAGCUGGAUGAAGAAUUUGAAAAGAAAUUCAACAGCCUCCCUCAAUAUAGUCCUAUUACAUUUGACCGGAAAUGUGUAUCUAUUCCAAGAAAAAAGAAGAAGACUGGAAACGUGUCCUCAGAAUCGACUAAAACCAGCAAAGGUCCUUUCCAGUCCCAGAAAAAGAACUUAUUCCACAAAAUUGUCAGCAAAUAUAAGCACAAAAAGGAGAAGCCUAAUGUUCCAGAAAAAGGAAGUGGGGAUAAAUGGUCACACAAGCAAUUUUUCUUGGAUGCCAUUCACCCUACAGAAGCCAUAUUUUCAGAAGAUAAAAACACCACAGAGCCUGCUUUUAAGGUUAAAAAUGCCCUAUCCAUUCCCAACACUCCAGAGCCAACAGCAAUGCAAGAACCCUUGGUGGGCAGCCAAAAGAGAAAAGCAAGGAAAACCAAGAUCACACACCUUGUCAGGACUGCAGAUGGCCGAGUAUCACCAGCAGGAGGUACUUUGGAUGACAAACCAAAGGAGCAACUGCAGAGGAGUCUCACCAAAGUCCCCGAGACAUACUGCGGUGAUAAUUGCUCACACAAUACAGUCGAGGAGCCACGGAGCAGCACUCCAGAAAUGCCCGCUGUGUCUGCAUUCUUUAGCCUCGCUGCACUGGCUGAGGUCGCAGCCAUGGAGAACGUGCACAGGGGUCAGAGAUCAACUCCGCUUACCCAUGAUGGACAGCCAAAAGAAAUGCCACAGGCUCCUGUACUUAUUUCUUGCGCUGACCAGUGACGCGCCCUUUAAUUGUAAAACAUUGUGCUUUACCUUCUACCCUAGCCUUGUCUUUACCAGGGAUGCUAGCACGGCCAUGCGGUGGGAAGUACAG